GGUAGGGAGAACAGGGCUCGAUGAGUGGUGGAAGAAAGUCAAAGGGGAUAGCAGCCAAUCCUCCCAUCCCCCCACAGUUCUUCCAUACAUUUCAAUAGACGAGAAGAAGCUACGAAGAAGAGUCACAAAGAGUUGCGAAGUGGCACGCGGCGUCAGUGCACCGGCCACUUUGAAGUGGAUAGUUCAAAUAUCUUAUGUGUAUUCAUGUAAAUUGUGCAGCAUAAUGUGGAUUAUCCUGCAAUACUUUUGUUUCGUCACGGUGGUUCUUGGCGACAUCGACGUUGAUAAUAUCUAUGGGAAUCUAGGCGAAAGAAAUUUCUUGACACGUCGCGCCGCCGACGGCAGCAGAGGAAGCAAGCACUUUAAUCCCGAAGAUGAUGGGUUCUACGAAAAUUACAAUCAAAACGAGGAUGAUCCUUAUCAGAAUGCUUUCUCAGACAUACGAUUGAACGUUCCUGGUGAGCCUGGGGUAGAUUAUCCAGCUUACACUAGAUUGCCGCUUACAAGAUUCUCCUGCGUGGGACGUGCCAGAGGAUACUAUGCUGAUCCGGAUGUUGGCUGCCAAGUUUUUCAUGUGUGUCAUGACGUUCUUGUUUCAUCAUUUUUGUGUCCGGUUGGUUCGAUAUUCAAUCAGCAACUACUGACUUGCGACUGGUGGAAUAAAGUCGACUGUUCAACAGCUGGCAAAUUUUAUCAUGUCAAUGAUAAUAUUUAUGGCCAGGAUGACGACGAGAUGAUGCGCAAGGCUCACGCUAUGAUCAAUUUACAACUGGACAAUGAAGUGUUGAAGGAUCCUAAUAGAAAAUCCAAAGUUGUGAAUGGUUCCAAUAAGAACGAAGUGAACGAUGGUGUUUCGGAAAAUUUGCAAAAUUCACAAAGACAAAAUCAAGCGGAUCGAAAUCCCUUUAACUCGAAUUAUUAUCACACUCAAGAAUCCAUUACUGAUUCUCCUAUCAUUCGUAUACAGCAAAUUCAUAAUGGAAAGCUACUUGAUUAUCCACAUAAUGCAGGACAGAAUCAGAAUUCCCAUGAGCAAAGGAUACAUAUUUUUCAAACGGAUUUUGAAAAUGAAUUUCAACCAUCUUAUGCACCCACUGUACCUACUGUCACUACUACUACAAAAAGGUUAUACUCUCCUACCGUUCCCACUACAUAUAGACCAUUUACGGAAUCUUAUGGGAAAUUCGAUCAGGAUGUACAAAGUUCGGAACAUCUUUAUACACACGGUAAAGAUAUCCGGAUUUAUACAACAAUCCCAACGGUUAUUUAUAACAAGGGUAAUAUUAAUAAGGACAAUCCUGAAGAUGGUUUGAAAAAAAAUCUCCAAGAACUGAAAGAGGAUAGUGCAGUCGCUAUAAAGAGUAUUGGUUUGGCUCAUGCUGGAAGUAAAAAAAUUGCUCAGAAUAGGAAUAGAAUUACUAAGAAUUUUCAAAAUCUUGGAGGAACGACUCAUGAUGAAUUAUCAACAGUUCCUCUGGAUGUCACUGUGUCCUAUAAGAGUAAUGAUUUUGGUACUACUGUACCUUCGUUUGAUUAUAAAAAUGUCGACAGCACCACAAAAGCUGAAAAUAUAACGAUUCUUAAAGAAGGAUCUCAUUUUUCUGGCAACCAUCCCAUUACGACAGAAUUUCCAAAAUAUGUUAGUCAGAGUACUACUAACGAUAUAGUGGAAACCGGUUCUACGAGAAUUCCAAAAUUUUCAAUGAAAAAUACAACACCUACCGAUACUACAAGAUUUCACAGUGAAAGUAUAACAUAUUCUAACGAGACACCAGGAUUACUUUAUGAAAGUGGAAACGAUUCCUCCACGGCUGAAGAAGCUACAACAGUUGGCGGAAUUGAUUUUUCCGGAAAUCAUCGAUUCAUUACACAGCAACCUGGUGAAUUUUCACGUAAAAAAUUCACCACGGUGUCCGACAAAAAUUUUUCUACGAUUAAGAUAUUAAAUUACACAGAAACUCCAGAUAUUUCAAUUCAAUCAACUACGCCUUAUAAUGUAUUUCAAGAAAAUACAAGUUCCGAUGAAAAUGACGGAAGUACCGAAGGACCGGAAACUGUUAUAAAAUCUAUUGAAAGCCUAACAACUCGUAACUUGCCAAGACAGGAUAAACAUUUCCUAGCUAUUUCUAAUUCAAGGGACAAUACGAGAACACCAAAACGUGAAUUUAACAUUUCCCCUACGACUGAAAAAUUAAAUAUUUAUAAUACUGAUAUAGAAUAUGGCUCCAGAAUUGGUCGUGAAUCUGGGGGCAGAGAACCUGCAGAUUUUUUAGAACCACCUGAAUUGUUGGGAAAGAACUUUAGGAUAAAUGUACCGGAUGAGACGUCGACACAGAGAUCCAAACUUUUGGCUGCAUUCACUACAAUUGAGUACAGACCCUACAGUAUGCCGUCACCUUUGAAGAAUUUAAUAGGCAGUCGUAUAACUCAAGAUGAUAGCAAUAAGAAGACUGUUAAGUUUUCAAGUUUACUCAAUAACAAUGAAGAUUCCAAAAUCUCAUUCGGUUUGUCUUCGUCUGAAGAAUAUAUAGAAGUACCUGCAACUACAUUGAUUCCGCCAUUUGACGUAUCUAAAUAUGACAAUGACAAAAUUGAAAAUUCUGCAUAUUUAACCACUGAAGAUCCUUCUACAUCAGAAACCGAAGAUUCUCUAAAUCAUAAUACUGAAACCCUUCCUGAUUUAAAAAUUGAAGAUAAUGCAAGUUUCACUAUAGCUUAUACGCCAAGUACAGAAAAGCCUUCAGUCAAUUCUAAUUUAAAAACCUUGGAAAAGACUCCUUCGACCACUGAGGAGAAUGAUUUUAAAACUGAAAUACCAAAAAUUACUUUUGGAAAGAAUAUUUUGGAAUCUACCGUACAAUUCGCUGAAAAUAUUCCAGCAACGGGAACGCCAAUAAUUGUGCAGGAUAAUUUUGGUAAAGAUUUUUCAUUGAAUCUACGUGAAAUUGAAGAUUCCAUCGUCAAGAAUGAUUCUCCUUAUCAGGUGUCAUUCAGAGUGAAUAAAGAUGAAGAAAUUGAUCCUACGAAGGAUCAGAGUUUUAUUAAAAGUUUGAUUGCGCAACAUGAAAGCUCAAAUACUGGUAUCUUUGGAGAUUUAGGAAAUUUUGAAAUAAUAAGAUCUGACUCACCAGAUUCAAUAAGUCCGAAACAAGAAAAGCCUUUCAAAGUACCGGAGGCACCUCAAGAAAGUUUGCGAGAAGCGAAAAAGGUGGAUUUUGAAAAAGGAAAUCUAGACGCAGAGACUGCUGAUUCAAAAACAUUAAUUCAAGAAAAAACCAAAGGGGAACUAUUAAAAUCUAACAAAUUUCCACAACCCUUUUCAUCCAGUAUAAAACCAGAUCAACAAUCUCAAACAAAGAUCCUACCAGCAAUAAGUACAUCUCAACAAGUGUCAGAAAAUCCUAUACUAAAAUCAUCGGACAUUAAAAACCCGGAACAAAAUGAAAAAAAUCAAGUUCUUCUAAGAGAACGUAUUCUGGCUGAAUUAAAUAAAAAUUUCGGUCAACCGGCUUAUAAACAGGAAGGACUCAUCUUUGCACUUCCUGACAAGGAGCGCUAUUUAGACUUCAAAACUGGAUUACCAUUAAUAGAAUUGAAUUCAGACAAAAUCAAGACAGAGACUAAUCUACCCAGAGAAACAAUAGUGGCGACUACGCCAACGUCAAUAUUAACGCCAACAUUAACAAAGGCAAUAAGAACUACCAGUGCCCCAAAAACUGUCAAACCAAAGACAGUAGAAACAGUUGUAGAAACAGAAUUCAUACCAUCGUUAGGUUUUUCCUUCGAUUCCGACGAAGGGCGCAAAGAGUACGUAGAAGCUGUACUACAAGGAUUACUCACAAACAACAAAUCCUUUGAUCCUUGGAGCGACAACCAAAAUUCACCAACCGAUAAAGAAAAGAAGAAAGCAGAAGUAUCGUGAACUGAAAAAAAAAA